CGUCCGAUACGGGUUCACACCACGUGUCGCGAAUUGAUUGGAGACGCGGCGUCGACGUCACGCGGUGGAAAGGGGAGAGAGAUUCAUUUCUCUCUUUUGUCUCGAAAACUCUAGGGUUUCUUCCUCCCGGCGAAACCCCGUGCGACGACGAUCUCUGUCCCUAUUUCUCGAAUUUGCUCCAUCGAUUCGACGAGUUAUUGUCUCCUCUACUAACAGAGAUGGAUCCCUCAGCCGAGAUAACAGAUUUUAAGAGGAAGCAGGAGUUCAUCGACCACCUGUACAACGUUGCCGAUUCGUCAUAUGGGAUGCCGACAAGCUGUCCGUGUGGUGGUAGAAUCAUCGACGAGGUUCGGGUGAAGGAGGAGUACGACACGCGUCCCGGGAAGCGCUUCUUCAGCUGCAUAAACUACGAGGCUGAUGGGUUGCAUUACCGUCAGCCUUGGGUUAUAGGUGUCCAGGAGGAGAUGGUACGCAUGCGUGAGCGUGUGGAUGAGGCUGUUGAGAUCAUCAAAUGUGUGCCCAUUCUCACUAAACAGAUCGACAGUCUUGAGGUUUGUGAACACUUUUUAUCUCUUUGGGUGAUCAUCAAAUUUGAGAUCAUCAAAUUUGUGAACACUUUUUACGUUUUUAUAAGUGAGUUACAAGUUUUCUUUAUCUCUUAUGUAGGCACAGGUUAAGAGGCUCACAUUGCUGCUUGAUAAGCUCACUGGUGACGUCUAUAACCUCACAGUCCAGGCGGCUGCUCUGGAGAAGGCCUGUUUCGACUGAAACAGAACAGGUAAACUUUCAACUCGAGUAGGAACUGUUUCCGUGUGGAACUUGAGUAGGAACUGUUUCCGUGUAGAGUAGAAACUGAGACUUAACUAGGAACUUGAGUAGGAACUGUCUAUAAUACAUUAGGAACUUGAGUAGGAACUGUUUCCGUGUAGAGUAGAAACUGAGACUUAACUAGGAACUCGAGUAGGAACUGUUUCCGUGUGGUUACUUGCUUCCUCUGGUUGAACUGAGAGUUAACUUGUUCAUUAAAUAUCUAGAGUAGGGAGUGUAGUAGUACUUCAUUAAAUAUCUAGUACUAGUUUGGUUCCUCUGGUUGGUUGCUGUGAUGAAUGCGCUUAAAUUGCUGUGUCUUAAACGUUUUAGAGUUUUUUAGAAUUGAUUUGAUGUGUAAUGAAUGUCUGUGAACAAGUUGUUGUCUAAUUAAGUGUAAUGAAUGUUUGGUAGUUAGGAAACCACCCGUAACUCAAACGCAAGUAGUUCUUUAAAAAAUACAUAAUCCUUUUUAAAACUUCUAACAAACAACAAAACACAACCCCAAACCAAAAUGGAUACGUUUUCACAAAGUUCUCCCGGUUUUGUGAACCUAUUAUCUUCCCAGUCCAGUAAAACCGUAGAAGUAGGGUCGUCUGAGGUUCCUAAACCGGCUGGUGAAAGGAGAAAGUGGACGACUCAAGAAGACAUUAUCCUCAUCAGUGCCUGGUUAAACACAAGCAAAGAUCCCAUAGUUAGUAACCAGCAGAAACUAGGGUCGUUUUGGAGAAGAAUAGAGGAUUACUUUAAUGCAAGCGCUCAGCUAGGUGGCUUUCUACCUAGAGAGUGGAGUCAGUGUAAGCAGAGGUGGGGAAGGGUGAAUGAACAAGUGUGUAAAUUUGUGGGAAGCUAUGAGGCAGCAUUGAAGGAGCAAUCAAGUGGGCAGAACGAGAACGAUGUCAUGAAGUCAGCUCAUGACAUCUUCUUUAACGACCACCAGGCGAAGUUUGCACUUGAACACGCGUGGAGGGAGCUGAGGUAUGAUCAGAAGUGGAGAUCGAACUCUAUAUCAAGAGAUGGUGGAAAGGCGAAAAUGAAGGAAGCUGCGGAGACGGUGCCUGACUCGGAUGAGGCUAGGCCUCCUGGCGUUAAGGCUUGCAAAGCAGCCAAACGCAAGAAGCCUGGCAAUGAAGCUGCAUUUGAUCGCCUGGAGAUCAUUCUAGAGAAGAAACAGAAUAUUUCGAAACAGAAAAUACUUGAUCGUCUCCUCUCUAAGAACAUAGCUACUCUAACUGAAGCUGAGGUCGCUUUGAAGGACAAACUUGUUUCUGAGAUGCUUUAGGUUGUUUAGUUGAAAAUUUCUUGAACUCUUUGUUUGCUUCUUUACUUGCUUUGAUAAUUUUACAACUGCUUUUGUUGACUUGAAACUUAUAUUCUUCUGUGUUAUUUUGCAGGUGAAAGGAUCUGUGGGGCCGUUGGUCACGGGCAUAUGGGAGAUAAAGUCUGGACUUGAUGGGUUUUGUAGGUGUCACGGGUAUUGUAGUAGUAGUAGUUCACGGGUUGUUCAUGUAGUUGUAGUACUACAUGUAUCUUUUGGGUCGCAGCAGGUCAGUGUUUGUACUAGACACUAGUGAUGAACUUGGUGUCACGGAUUGUAAUAUGAAGUGUAGUAUUUUGUUUGUCUCUACACUUCACGGGACUUGUAAAAGUUUGUUAUAAAAAGGACAAGUAUUUCAUGUCUCUCAUAUAUGUUCUCUUCUCUCUAACAUGUGUUUAUGUUCUCUUCUCUCAAAUGCCAAAGCAUAGUUCUCUUCUCUGUAUCUACAAAUCAUAGUUCUCUCAAGGUCGAUACCCCUCCAUCUUGUUCUCUCAAACCAUCCGCCUUACUCUUGUUCUCUCAAACCAGCUGCCUCACUCUUGUUCUGUCGAACCAGCCAACCACUAGACACUCGCCGACUACAAAAUCGAGUGACCAAGUAAAAUCUAAAAUUCUUUGUUUUGUUAUCUAUAGUCUGUAAUUAAUGUUCCACAUAUAAGUUAUAAUUAAAAACGAAAAAAUGAAAUUCCAAGAUUUAUUGAAAAAAAAAAAUUAAGGUUCCACAUAUAAGUUAUAAUUAAAAACGAAAAUAUGACAUUCCAAGAUUUAUUUUUUUUUUUUAAUUAAUGUUAUAAUUAAAAACGAAAAUAUGAUAUUCGUAGAGAUAUUUAAAAUAUUUGUUUUUUUCAGUUAUGACAUCCUCAGAGUCAGAUGGCGUUGAUGAAGCCUUUGAAGAUAUGUUUGACGAAGAAUUUGAUAAUAUCAUCGACUCCCUACUAGAUGUUCAAACCAACAAGCCCAAAAAAAGAGCUUAUAUUGAAAGAGAUCGGGAACAAGGACACAUUCAACUAUGGAACGACUAUUUCCACGAAAAUCCCACUUACCCGCCGGUGAUGUUUAGGCGGCGUUUUCGAAUGAACAAACCCUUGUUCCUCCGCAUUGUUGAUCGCCUUACUACUGAAGUUCCAUACUUUCAGCAAAGAAGAAAUGCUCACGGCAGGUACGGCCUAUCACCACUUCAAAAAUGUACUGCAGCUAUACGUAUGCUCGCAUAUGGUCAAUCUGGAGAUACGUAUGACGAAUAUCUUCGACUUGGUGAAAGUACUGCACUUUUAUGUUUAGAACAUUUCACUAAUGGGAUAGUACAAUUGUUUGGAGUUGAGUAUCUAAGAACACCAACACCGGAAGAUCUUCAACGAUUACUCGACAUUGGCGAGAAGCGCGGGUUUCCCGGGAUGAUAGGCAGCAUUGAUUGUAUGCAUUGGCAGUGGAAGAACUGUCCAACGGCUUGGAGAGGCCAAUACACCCGUGGUUCAGGAAAACCAACAAUUGUCUUAGAGGCUGUGGCAUCAGAAGAUCUUUGGAUAUGGCACGCAUUUUUCGGAUUACCAGGUACCCUCAACGAUAUCAAUGUUCUUGAUCGGUCACCAGUUUUUGAUGAUAUACUGCAAGGUCGAGCCCCUAAAGUUAAAUUCAAGGUCAACAACCACACUUACCGUAUGGCGUACUACCUUACUGACGGAAUUUAUCCGAAUUGGUCAACAUUUAUCCAAUCCAUCCCACUUCCUCAAGGUCCUAAAGCUGAGCUAUUUGCCCAACGUCAAGAAUCCACCAGAAAAGAUGUCGAACGUGCUUUCGGGGUUUUGCAAUCGAGGUUUGCAAUAGUUAAAAACCCUGCUCUACUAUGGGACAAGGAAAAGAUAGGGAAAAUUAUGAGAACUUGUGUCAUAUUGCACAAUAUGAUAGUGGAGGACGAACGAGACGGAUACAGUCUUACUGAUACAUCUGAGUUCGAGUCAGGAGAGUCAAGCAGAGGUUCGAAGGUCAAAACGAGAGAAAGUUUGCAUGCACAUAAUAUGCUAGGCAUGCGCAAUGAACUUCGGGAUUCAGGAAAACAUGAUAGGUUGAAAGCUGAUUUAGUUGAAAAUGUAUGGCAAAAAUUCGGUAAUGAAUAAUCUUUCUAUGUUCAUCAAUUAUCAAUGUAAUGAAUAAAAUUUUAUAAAUUAUUAUAUUUUAUUCAUGUAUUAAAAAAAAAAUCAAAACUAAAUUUUUUUAAAAAAACUAUUAUUUUAGUUCCUAUGAACCCCUUCUUCGGGUUCACUAAUGGAGAAGUACAAAAUCAAGAAGUUCAUCACUAUUCAUGGUCCCACCAUAAAUAUAUUAAAAAAUUGGUAUGAACCCCAAAGGGGGGUUCACCAAUGUAGAUGCUCUUAGGGAUCGACAUUCAGAUGAAAAUAUCAGGAAAGUCCCUUAACUUUUGUAUUAUACCAGAAACGACCGUAAGUUUUGUUCUUUACUCCAAAUGGAUCCUUAUCAAUCUGUCAUCCAAUUUUGUGGUUUGGUUUAUACAGUUAACCAAAACUAGACCGCAUUUUCCAUUUCGGUUUGAAUCGAUUCCAGAUUCGGUUCUUGCUGAUUUUAAAAUAUUAAGCUUGAUAUAUUUCCUGUGAAUACCACACACUUGUCAAAUUUGGACGUGUCAGAAGUGAUAAACAAUGAGCUAAAUAUAAAACGAGUCCAAUCCCAUGGAAAAUGGGGAGUUCUUCCUUUUGAUUGUCUACACGAUAAAAACAGCUUGUAACAGUGAGUUUCUUCACAAAGAUGAGUAUUGUGUUCUCUCUUUCUGAUAUUUUUAAUUUCACGAAAUAUUUAACUGGUUACUUAGGUUGAUUUUAAGUGGUCCAUACUAUAGAUUCAACUCAUAUGUUUUAGGUUAGCAUCUUCAAGCUAACAAGCCUACCAAACAUUCCAAACAUUGAAUAAUUAAUAAGUAUUUUUCAAAAAAUCUUCCAUUUCAGUUCCAAAAUAUUUCUAACUGUCUGAAUGCUUUUAGUUCAACAUGUUAGAAAAUAGGACUAGUUUCAUGUUGGGAUUUAUUAGAGAUGACGUUCCUCCUUUUUUGGUAUUUUUUUUUUGUCUAUUGGUUAGCUUGACUUAGAUUUCCUGUUAGAUGAGUUUGGUUUUAUAAAAUCUGAAGGUAAAAAUGGAAAAUUUUGAUUCAGAGAUUUUACACAUAAAAGUAAAUCCAAAUCAAUUCAUAAUCUUUCAAGUCAAAUGAAUUAUGAAUAUCUAUCAAACAUGAAGAACACAAGAUUUUAAAUGUUAUAUUCAAUUCUUUAAUUGAAUAACAAUAAAUUUAAAAUCUCCUUACUGAAAAGAUUAUGAAUACAAGAACAAAUAAUAUAAGAUUUUGAAAUCAUUUAAUAUAGAUAUUUUAAAUACAAUAACCAAUAACUCUAGAUUUGAUAACAAAAAUUAAAAUCAGUCACUAAAUAACAUUAGAUUAUAAAAACAAAAAAAUCCAUUGGCAGUAAAUUAACAUAGAUUUAAUUUUAUCAUAAUACAUAUUAUAAAUAGAGAAAGCUUACAAGAAAGUUUUUUGCGUUUACACCAAGUAAAAGAAAAUUUUUAAGAAUGUCGGAGUCCGUCAACUCUUCAUUUGCUUCCAAUCAUUUCGACGGCCAGUUGUCAGCUUUGCGAGAGGCCAACGUGCAGUUAGGAUUCCGGAUAAGGACAAAAGUCCAGGAAAUGGAAGAAUUCAACAAGAAAACAACCACCUCCAAAGAUGAGCUCAUAGCUUCCAUAACUUGCAUUGGCAAGUGCAUUGACAGUCUUGAGAGGGCUUUGUUUCAAAAUAGGGUGGUGAUAUAUAAUAAAGUGAAUCCACCUAUGUUGGUUAGAAUAUCUAAAGAUAUGACCAAUGAUACACUAAGGUCAAAUGCCAAGCUCUUCAUGGACCAUUUCAAGAAACAUACCCUCCAGUACUUUUCUAAUGCUUUCUUCCCUCCUGUUACUGCACCAGAUGGUGAUGUUGUGCCCAAGUUUGCUAUCUUCAGGUCUCAUCUCGAAAAAUGCGAGUCUCUCUUUGACCAGGUCAUGAUGGAAGGUUAUGAUUGCAACUUGCAAGACAUCUAGCUGAAGAUGAUGAAGCUUCUAACUAGCUUACCUUACAGUAGCAGAGGCAAGAUUGUUAUUCAUAAGAGUCGUUUUAUUAAUAUAAUUAUAUAAUAAUACUAAAUUAUUUAUUUUAUAAGAAUUAUUAAUAUGAAUAUUAUAACUAAAAAUAAUAUCAGUUUGUUAUAAACCCCACACAUUAUAAUUUUAACUAAAACUUAUAUGUUGUGAAUAAAUAUAUGAAUAUUUUUAUAUUAUAUCAACAUAUGUUUACAU